ACGCUAAAAACUUACUUACCUCAACACUCAUCUUAAUGUCCAGUGCCUUGUUCCCUAAGUUCCUUAUCAUGAUGAGGCCGCUGCGAAUUUGGAAAGUAGAGUCAUCAAGGGCACGACGGCGUUGCAUGAGCAGCUGGUUGGAAGGGCCGUGGGUGAAUCACAGGAGGAACGUCAAAGUCAAUAAAGGGGACGUGGCGGCGGCGGCGGUGGCGGCUGAGAAUGAGAAGAGCCCGGAAGAGGUAAGGCGGCGGCCUGGAGGUAGCAGCUGGACGCCUCAUCCUCGUACCGGAAUAUACUUUCCGGCAGGACACGAAGGAAUCUUGGAUGACGUCCCCACAGGCGCCGCCGCUCUUACUCAGACUCACUGGUUGAGGAACGUCGAUGGCGCCGUUGACCACAAACCUUAAGUCCUUGUCGGUCAUGAUUGAUGACGACUGUCAGACCUUACACAGAAUAUAUGCUUGAAGUACAAAAAUACGCUAAUUAAUCAAUAUGCAAAGUGUGUUGUGUACUUGAUUGUAAAAUAGGACCCAUCUUUUUGGUUAAGUAAAAUCUCAGACAACACGCUAGUUAAGUUAGAUGGAUUUUGGUAUCCGGCCAUGUUUUAAAAUAGG